AUGCUGUCCCGUGUGCAGUCUGCGAUGAUUCGCCGCGCCGCCGGGGCUCGUGCUGCGUCGUCGGCGGCGGCUGCGGCUGCCGUGAAGCCUGCGGAACACAAGGGCCGCGUCGGCUACGUGUCGCAGGUCAUUGGUGCGGUGGUGGACGUGCACUUCUCGGAGGGCGUCCCGCCCGUGCUGACGGCGCUGGAUGUGACGGAGGACCUUGGCCGCGAUGAGCCGCUGACGCUGGAGAUCGUGCAGCACCUGGACGCGAACACCGGCCGCUGCAUUGCGAUGCAGACGACGGACCUGCUGAAGCUGAAGUCGAAGGUUGUGUCGACCGGCGGCAACAUCUCUGUGCCGGUGGGCCGUGAGACGCUGGGCCGCAUCUUCAACGUGCUGGGCGACGCGAUCGACCAGCGCGGCCCCGUGGGUGAGAAGAUGCGCAUGGCGAUCCACGCCGAGGCCCCGAAGCUGGCGGAUCAGGCCGCGGAGGACACGAUCCUGACGACCGGCAUCAAGGUGAUCGACCUGAUUCUGCCCUACUGCAAGGGUGGCAAGAUCGGCCUGUUUGGCGGCGCCGGUGUGGGCAAGACCGUGAUCAUCAUGGAGCUGAUUAACAACGUCGCGAAGGGCCACGGUGGUUUCUCGGUGUUUGCCGGCGUUGGCGAGCGCACGCGCGAGGGCACGGACCUGUACCUGGAGAUGAUGCAGUCGAAGGUGAUUGACCUGAAGGGCGAGUCGAAGUGCGUGCUUGUGUACGGGCAGAUGAACGAGCCCCCGGGUGCGCGCGCGCGCGUUGCGCAGUCUGCGCUGACGAUGGCGGAGUACUUCCGAGACGUGGAGGGCCAGAAUGUGCUGCUGUUCAUCGACAACAUCUUCCGCUUCACGCAGGCGAACUCCGAGGUCUCUGCGCUGCUGGGCCGCAUUCCGGCCGCCGUGGGCUACCAGCCGACGCUUGCGGAGGAUCUUGGUAUGCUGCAGGAGCGCAUCACGUCGACGACGAAGGGGUCGAUCACGUCCGUGCAGGCCGUGUACGUGCCUGCGGAUGAUAUCACGGAUCCGGCGCCCGCGACGACGUUCUCGCACCUGGACGCGACGACUGUGCUGGACCGCGCGGUGGCGGAGUCGGGGAUCUACCCUGCCGUGAACCCGCUGGAGUGCGCGUCGCGUAUCAUGGACCCCGAUGUGAUCGACGUGGACCACUACAACGUUGCGCAGGAUAUCGUGCAGAUGCUGACCAAGUACAAGGAGCUGCAGGAUAUCAUUGCGGUGCUUGGUAUCGACGAGCUGAGCGAGGAGGACAAGGUCGUGGUGGACCGCGCGCGCAAGGUGACCCGGUUCCUGUCGCAGCCGUUCCAGGUUGCGGAGGUGUUCACGGGCAUGACGGGCCACUACGUGCAGCUGGCCGACACGGUGGAGUCGUUCUCUGGGCUGCUGAUGGGGUCGUACGACCAGAUCCCGGAGAUGGCGUUCUACAUGGUUGGCGGCAUCAAGUCUGUGCUGGAGAAGGCGAAGGCCAUGGCGGAGGAGGCUGCGGCGAUGGAGAAGCAGCGUCGCGCGCGCCAGGCCGCGAGCGCCUCGGACUCGCAGUAG